GACUCCACCUGCCCCACCCCUUCCAUCUGAACAGGCUUUCUCUGUGUAGCCCUGAAUGUCCUUGGAACUCACUAUGCAGACCAGUUAGGUCUUGAACUCAAACAUCCACAACCUCUGCUUUUGACGUGCUGGAAUUAAGAGCACAAACAUGAGGCACUGCAUGGGAGAACCAGCAGGUGAAAUAUCUGCAGAGACCAUCUUGUACUGGAACACUGCCAUGUUCGGUGUGUAAAGAGCAUGCUCUUGAAUACCUAGUGUCCACCUGAUACAAGCACAUGGCUGUGUAUAUGUUCAGGAGGAGCUGACUGGAGCUCAGCCUCAGAGUAUUCUGGGUCAUACUUGGUUAAAAUGGCAGAUUUGGGUGGAAGGUGAAAUGUCUGGAUUCACAGAUCACAAUUCACAACAGUUGCUAUAAAAAUAUAUUAAGAAAUUUGGUUUUAUAAAAAAUUGAGUAAAGAUAGCUCCAACUAGAAUAAGUGCAUACCCAAUACACAGGACCUCUUUCAUUGGGAAGGACUGGUUUCUUUCACAAAAUCCUCCUCAUUCAAACUCACCCAACAUAGUAAAACUGUCUAUAACGUUUCUGGAAGUGAGGAUGUUGUGGAUGAAAACCAAGCAAGAUGCUGUUCCUGCUCCAGGAAAACCCACACAUGCUAAAUAAGAAAAGACAUAAUCUAUUAUGUGUGCAGUAUUUAAUGUUGAAGGAGCUCACACACUGAUGCAGCCACCAUAGGACACAGGAUCCAGCCAUGGCUCAGCUUAGGACAGGUGAGAUGAUCUGUAGGGUGUGAGGUGGAGUUGAGGUCUUCAGUGGAAUAUGAUGAGGGGAGCAGAGUUGCCAGGAGUUAUGAAUGAGAUUCUGUUCUUUUCUCCUCAGCCACUGUUCUCACAUAUGAUGAAUGAGAACAGCAGGGUACACACUCAUUCUAACUUAAGGCACAUCUUUUUCUCCGAAAUUGGCAUUGGGAUCUCAGGCAAUAGCUUCCUUCUUCUCUUCCACAUCCUCAAGUUCAUUCAUGGGCACAGGUCCAGACUCUCUGACCUGCCCAUUGGUCUCUUGUCCCUAAUCCACCUACUAAUGCUACUGGUCAUGGCAUUCAUAGCCACAGACAUUUUUAUUUCUUGGAGGGGUUGGGAUGACAUCAUAUGUAAAUUCCUUGUGUACCUGUACAGAGUUUUGAGGGGUCUCUCCCUUUGUACCACCAGCAUGUUGAGUGUCCUCCAGGCCAUCAUCCUCAGUCCCAGAAGCUCCUGUUUAGCAAAGUUCAAGCGUAAAUCUCUCCAUCAUAUCUCAUGUGCCAUUCUUUUCCUGAGUGUCCUCUAUAUGUUAAUUGGCAGUCAACUCUUGGUAUCCAUCAUUGCCACCCCAAAUUUAACCACAAAUGACUUUAUUUAUGUUACUCAGUCCUGCUCUAUUCUACCCUUGAGUUACGUCAUGCAAAGCAUGUUUUCUACUCUACUGGUCAUCAGGGAUGUCUUUCUUAUUAGUCUCAUGGUUCUCUCAACUUGGUACAUGGUAGCCCUCUUGUGUAGGCACAGGAAAAAGACCCAGCAUCUGCAAGGUAUCAGCCUUUCCCCCAAAACAUCCCCAAAGCAAAGAGCUACCCAGACCCUCCUGAUGCUCAUGAGCUUCUUUGUGCUGAUGACCAUCUAUGACACUAUUGUCUCCUGCUCAAGAACUAUGUUCCUGAAUGAUCCAACAUCUUACAAUAUGCAAAUCUUUGUGGUGCACAUCUAUGCCACAGUAAGCCCUUUUGUGUUUAUGAGCACUGAAAAACAUAUAGUUAACUGUUUGAGGUCUGUAUGAGAGAGGAUAAUAAAUGUUUGAAUAUUCUGUAUGAGAGAGGAUGAUACAUGUUUGAAUAUUCUUUCUUAAGUAAGAUCCUUAGGAAGAGCUAAUGGGCUGGCAUCAGAACUAUCAGUCAUGGCAUGCUGUCAAUGUGCUUUGCCAAAUGUGAAAUAUAAAGCUGUUUUUCUGUCAAAAUUAUUUAUUUUAAACAACAUGAUGGUAAAAAUGUAACAGAACAUUUAACAAUACACUUUAAGAUAUGACACGGGUGUUUUUUAUUUUAUUUUACUUUAUUUUUUAUUUUAUUACUCAGUGGUUCUUUAAGGGAGCCCUGUAAGGUAGUUCUUGCCCAUCUUGGUCUUAGACAUUCCACACUCUUUGUAAGUAUGUGAACACUUCAAAUAUGUUUUCAUAUUUCAAUUUUCUGUUAUGUAUUUUGACAAAUUAGAAAAGCAUUACUUUGCAUAAGUAGUGCUAUGAUCCAGAAAGAAAAUGAAUUACACACGUAGCUUUCAAAACAGAACUAUGUGCAAAAGGCACACAGUAACUUGAACAGCAACAUUUCUCCUU